CAAACUACUCUUCCUUUGUCACUGACGUUUUCCAAAACAACACAUGUUUUGUGCAUUAUCGUGUAAUAUUUUUAAUUCCCGUGCCCCUUAACUAAAACAGUGCAUUUAAGAUGCCUAAAACCAAGAAGAAGUUCAUAGACCGAAAGAAGGCUGUAACGUUCAACCUAGUGCACAGAUCGCAGCGGGACCCCUUGGCCGCGGACGAGAGCGCCCCGCAGAGGGUCCUGGUGCCCGUCAACGCUGCAGUACCACCAAGGAAAGAUAAAGAACCUGAGCUAACACCGGAGCAGCGCAGAGAGGAGCAGCGCAAGUACGGGGUCUACUUCGACGAUGACUACAACUACCUGCAGCAUCUCAAGGACACCAAGGAGGUCACGCUCCUCCUGCAGCCUAAAGCAACACACAAGCGGAAAGAGAAAUGUCAGCCGUCGGCCGAAGGGGAUGAGCCGGUGAUCCCCGUGGUAGAGAAACUGAAUCUGCCGAGCUCUGUGUUCGCGUCCGCUGUCGAGGAAGAUGUGGGCUUACUCAACAAGGCUGCUACACAAGGGUUGUGCCUGGAGCUGGACCCUGAGGUGGUGGCGGCCCUGGACGAGGACUUCGACUUCGAGGACCCGGACAACCAGCUCGAGGACAACUUCAUAGAGCUGGCCAUGGCGGACGGAGACGGUGAGUCUAGCUCAGACGGCGAAGAAUACGAAGAAGACGGGGAGGAUGAUGAGAGCAUGGAGAACGACUCGGACCAGGCCUUCGCUUCAGACCUGGACUCGGACGACGACACCAACCCACAGGAGAGGAGGGGUGAUCGCAUGCCGGCGUGGGACCGCGGGCAGCACGACACGCGGUCCCGCUUCUCGCAGUACUCCAUGUCCUCGAGCGUCAUCAGACGUAACCAGGGACUCACGCUCCUCGACGACCGCUUCGAGAAGAUGUUCUCGGAAUACGACGACACGGAGCUCGGCGCGCUGGACUGCGAGGAGAUAGAGGGCUUCAUGCCGGAGUCGCACGCCAUGCUGCUGCAGGCCGCCGAGGAGUUCGAGGAGUCCCGGAGGAGGCAGCAACUCGACAAGGAGAGGGAGGUCGCCAGGAUCCAGCGUCUGCAGGAGAUCGAGGAGGAGUCGGAGGAGGAGCUGGAGACGGUGGAGCAGCCCCGCGAGGAGAGGUGGGACUGCGAGACCAUCCUCUCCACCUACUCCAACCUCUACAACCAUCCCAGGAUCAUCGAGGAACCCAAGAAACCCGGCAAGAUCCGCAUCAACCCCGCGACGGGCAUCCCUAAAGACGUGCUCGGCUCCGACAGCAAGCUGACCGCGAGGUCCCUGGCCAAGUUCAACGCGCUGCAACACGCGGGGGACGAUGAUGAUGAUGAUGCCGAGACCAACGCCGAGACCGUGCUGUCUACCCUCAGCGUGUUAUCCUUAAGACCCAAAGACGAGACGCCAGAAGAGAAAAAAGAACGCAAACGCCUCCUAAAAGAAUACAGGAAAGAACGGAGAGUAGAGAAGAAAGCCAACAAGGAGGCGUUUAAAGAAGAGAAGAAGAGGCAGGAGAAGAUCUUGCUGAACAACAGGAAUAAUGUUCAGGGGAACCGGAUACUGUAGUUUAGGAAUAAGCAAUAAAUAUACGUA